GCGUCGGCAGCAGGGAGAGUUUUGAAACUUUCGCAGCGGCUCCGAGCGCAGCUCGCCGGCUCCGCGCCCCGCGCACCCACCGCCUGCGAGGAGUCGGCGGGGCGCCGCCGGCUCCGGAAGAUUUCGGGUGGUUGUUGUGACAAGAAUUGGGUUUUCGCAAGGCUUUUCUUUUUUCUUUUUUUUUUUCUUUCCUUUUGAAUUUUUUUUUUAAUUCCCUUUUCCUGCGAGAACGGCCCCCUCCGCCCGCCUCCCUUUCCGCAGCAGUUUCUGCCACCGCGGCGAUACAUAGGUGUCUAUAAUAAUAAUCACAGUAAUAAAGAGGGAGGGAGAGACCGCCAGAGACCACCCUGCCCCCGGCGACCUGAAGGAUGCUGCUGCGGUGCCGCUGCUAAAGGACCCGCUGGGAUUUAGCUCGUGCCUGAGACUCUUUCUCUCCCGCUCUCUCCCUCUCUGCCCUCUUCCUUCUCCGCGGAGGGGUCCCCGCCGGGGCCGAGGCCCUCCACCCAUCGCCCCUCUUCCUCCUCCUCCUCCUCCUCUGCUCCCCCCGCGGCUCCGCUCUCCUCGCCUCGCCGGGGGAAGCCCUCUCCAUGAUGCAGGCUCGCUACUCCGUCUCGGACCCCAACGCCUUGGGAGUGGUGCCGUAUUUAAGCGAGCAGAACUACUACCGGACGGCGGGGACGUACGGCGGCAUGGCCAACCCCAUGAGCGUCUACUCGGGCCACGGCGAGCCCUACGCGGCGGGCAUGGGGCGCUCCUACGGGCCCUACCACCCGCACCAGCCCGCCGCCCCCAAGGACCUGGUGAAGCCGCCCUACAGCUACAUCGCCCUCAUCACCAUGGCCAUCCAGAACGCCCCGGACAAGAAGAUCACGCUCAAUGGGAUUUACCAGUUCAUCAUGGACCGCUUCCCCUUCUACCGCGAGAACAAGCAGGGCUGGCAGAACAGCAUCCGCCACAACCUCUCGCUCAACGAGUGCUUCGUCAAGGUGCCCCGCGACGACAAGAAGCCGGGCAAGGGCAGCUACUGGACCCUGGACCCCGACUCGUACAACAUGUUCGAGAACGGCAGCUUCCUGCGCCGCCGGCGACGCUUCAAGAAGAAGGACGUGUCCAAGGAGAAGGAGGAGGCCCGGGAGCGGCUGCUGAAGGAGCAGCCCAAGCCCCCCGGGCUGGCCGGCGCCGACCUCCCCAAGGAAGCCUCCUCCUCCUCCUCCUCCUCCGCCUCGGCGCCUUCCUCCGAGAAGAAGGUGGUCAUCAAGAGCGAGACGGCCUCGCCGGAGCUGCCCGUGAUCACCAAGGUGGAGACGCUGAGCCCGGCGAGCGGCGGGGCGCUGCGGGACAGCCCCCGCAGCGCGGCCUCGCCGCCCGCGGCCUCCCCCGAGGGCUCGCUGCCCGAGCACCACCCGUCCAGCAACGGGCUGCCGGGCUUCAGCGUGGAGAACAUCAUGACGCUGCGGACUUCGCCGCCGGCGGAGCUCAGCCCGGUGAGCGCGGCCUCGGGCCGCCCGGGGGCCGGCCUGGCGCUCGGCUACGCGCCGGGGCAGCCGUCGGGCUACAGCCAGGCGUGCAGCCAGGCCCUGGACACUAGUGGGAGCUACCACUGCAGCAUGCGGGCCAUGAGCCUCUACAGCGGCGAGCGGCCGGGCCACAUGUGCGUGCCGCCCGCGGCGCUGGAGGAGGGCCUGCCGGAGCACCCCGCGGGCGCCCCGUCGCCCCUGGGCGCCCUGAGCCUGCCGUCGGGCCAGGAGGGCGCGCUGGGCGCCGGGCACCCGCACGGCGGCGGCGGCGGCGGCGGCUCCUCCGCGGCCGCGCAGCCCGCCGCCCCCUGGUACCUCAACCACGGCGCCGAGCUGAGCCACCUGCCCGGCCACGGCUUCGGCUCGCAGCAGCAGACUUUCCCCAACGUGCGGGAGAUGUUCGGCUCGCACCGGCUCGGCAUGGAGGGCGCCUCGCUCAGCGACCACCAGGUAAAAAUCUCACCGUGGUCGCUACGUGGGGGCGAGGAGCUGUAGCGACGGGCUGUUUCUCUCCGAAGGAGCACAGUCCUUCGUGGAGGGAGGAUGAAGGAGGCUCACGAGAGGAUGCCGGAGCCCCCAUCCCCUGGAUCAGGCCCUGCCAGACCUCCUUGAACGACCAGAGAGGUGGCAGCUUCAGAACUGGCGCUCCCUCUCCUGAAAGAAGCCUGGCUCAUCCACGACCUCCAGAAAACGCCUCGUGCUUUAUUUCCAGGGCCUUAUACAGGGGGGAUCCACCCCCCCCCCCCAGUCUUCCCUCUCCGAGAGAGGUGAUGCUCCGCGGGCAGGAUCGAGGGGCUCCAACGCAGCGCCCCGCCGAGCCCCCCGGGCCUGGGGAAAGAGCCGACACCUCCAGGCGAAUCGGAAUCCCUCGGGGCCUCGGAUCCAAACCGUUACAUCAGUAAAUUAAAAAAAAAAAAAAAAAACAACCCCAAAACCAACAACAGAAAACACAGCCCCAAACCUGGACGUUUAUACAGAAAAAGAGCAUCACAAAUUCCUAAUGUAAGCACCGGCCAGCUGUGUGCACUUGUAAAGUUGUUAUAAUCCCCCUCCUUGUUAUAAACAGGAAAGUACAUAAUAUAAAGCAACAGGCCCGUAUUCACAAAUAGUGACCCUCCUCCCAGCGCCUGCCAAAUUCCCCUUUCAGGCAGCUCGCUGCC